AUGCCCAGGCAGAUGCCCCCAGUUUUCCGCUCCUCCAGGGACGGCACCAUGUACAACAGCAUGUUAAGGCAGCUGUACGGUGUUGCGAGUUCCAUCCGAAGCAGCUCUAGCCGGCUGCGCAUGCCACAGCCGCGGCUACGGGUGGACAAUUUGCGAGGCGUGCUCCAUGGGAAUCUGCAAAUUGACGAUGUUCGCGUUGGUGGCAGCGUCGUAACAGCACAGUGGUUGCCGCGUCACAAGCAGCAAAGCGUUGACGAAAGCGCUGAACACAACGUCAAGGACUAUGCGGACUAUGUUGCGGACGACUACAGAGCAGCUCUCAAAGCUGACCGCACGCAUGGCGACCUCGCCAUCCCCUUGGAUCGCCACCGGGGCGCCCUUAGCCCAGGGGCUCCAAAGCAACCAGCCGCCGCCUUCACCGCCUCAUCGCCACCGCCGCCAGCACCAGUGCCACUCGACCCCGCAUCCACAUCCUCACCCCGUGGCGCACGCGCGCCCUCUCCUCCUGGCCUCGCCGCCGCGGACUUUGCACACUGCUCGGACGCCCUCCGCCACCAGCUCCUCAACGACCCGCUCAUGUCCUCUUCCCUCAAAAUCACAAUUACGUACCGCAAGCUGGGCGGCGACGCGACCGUGCGCUACCUGGACGGUCUUUUCAUGACCACGGAUGUGCAGUUUAACCGGGUACGUGGCCUGGUGCCCUGCGUAGACCUGCCUUCCGUCAUGCACAGCUGGGAGCUGCACGUCGAGACAGGGCUGUGCGACGUAGCGGUGUGCAGCGGCAUGCUGGUCAGUCAGCGACUACUGGUGGGCUCUCCACCCGAGCCGGAAGAGGAGGAGAAGGAGGGGGUGGAGCAGCAAGGAGCAGUGGGGCAGCAGCAGCUGCAGCUGCAGCAGGGCGGCCGGCAGCAGCAGCUGCCGGCAGGGCAAGGAGAAGAGGCUCCAGGGGGGCCGGCAGACGGGGCGGCUGUGGCAGUAGGGCACGGAGAGGCUCCAGGGGCGGCGGAACUUGAGAAGGAUAAGGGGGAUGCGAUGGAGGUGGACGGACUCCCACCUGCUGCUAGGGGAUGCAGCGGCGGCGGCGGCGACGGUGGCAUUAAAGUAGAGACAAUGGCGGCGUUAGAUUCGGCAGCUGGACCGGUUUCGGGGCUGGGGCCGGUGCCCAUGGAGAUGGACGCGGCGGGGGCGGAUGCAGCUCCAAAGGAUGGUGGCCAGGAGGGAGAGGCGGCCAAGCCCGCGGCAGCACCCCGGGCGUCAAGACGGCCAGCCGCUGGAGCGGCGAGUUGCCGCACGCCGCGGCCGUACGCCAAGGUCUGGUACUACGAGCUGCCGUUGGCGGUUGUGCCGUCCCACCUGCAUGUUACUGUUGGACCGUUGGCAGUUGUACCACAGUACCAGGGCAGUACUAACCAGUUGGUGGAAUCAUUCUUGAAGCAGCAGCAGCAGCCAGGGCCCGGAGGAGCAGGUGGCGGCGGGCCGCAGGACUCCACCAUCAUCACGCACUUCGGACCCCCCGGCUGCAUGGACUUGCUGCGCUCCACCACCCGCUUCUUCUACCUGCCCUUCAAGGAGUAUCAGAUCGCCUCCACAGUCAAUUUCCCCCUCAGCCAGCUGCAGGUUGUUUUCAUCCCCUCGGAGCUGGCGGUGACGCCGGUGCAGGUGGCGGCGGGCUGCAUCGUGGUGAGCAGCGAGUUGCUUCACAGCGACAGGGCGGUGGACUCCGCCCUGGAGGGCAAGAUAGCGCUGGCGGAGGCGCUGGCGAGGCAGUGGUUUGGAGUCAUCCUGCUACCCAGGCGGUUCAAGGAGAGGGAGGCUGUGCUGGCGGGGGACGACGGCCUGCCGCCGCCGCUGUGCCCGCAGAACCAGUACGACGACGCGGACGAGGCAGGGGAGGCAGCGGGCGGCGGACCGCCGCAGAGCCAUCGCCGGCGCCGGAAGGACCCACUGAGCCAGAUGUACGGCAGUGAGUCCCUGGAUCCCUCCCCCCUCCGUCGAUGGAAGGCGGUGACGGUGUUGCGCAUGUUGGAGCGGCGGACAGGGGAGGACAGCUUCCGGAGUAUCAUGCAGGCCGUGUGCCGCAACGCCGCCAACGCAGUCCGUAGCUGGAGCCCCUCCCGCGGCCCCUCGGGCCGCCUGCUCACCACACGGCGUUUCGUAACGGAGUGCGGCAGCGCAGCCGGCAUGGCCAAGGACGUGGCGGCGUUUGCGGAGCGCUGGGUGUACGGCAGGGGCUGCCCGCGGCUGACGGCCGGUUGUUCGUACGUACGGCGUAGCAACACUCUGUUGGUGGCUCUGAAGCAGGAGGGGGGGCCGGAGGUGGUGGCGGCGGGGCGGAGUGCGAGUGCGCAGAGGAGUAAGAGCGAGACGGCGGGCAGGGGCAUCAAGAUUAGAAUGUGGCUUAACGUACGGCAGGUUGCGGUGUACGACCAUGAUGGCGCCGUACAAGAGGUUGACGUGGAGCGCAUGGAGGCCCACGUGGACGCUGUCGUACACGAGAUUGAGAUCGCCAGCAAGCCUGGGCAGCGCGGCCGCCGCAAGCGUGGCGCGGGGGCGGCAGCCGCCGCGGGCGACGACGGCGACGAGGACGGCGGUGGGGGCACCCAGCCGACGGUGGCGGCAGCCGUGGCGGCGGCGGAUGAGCACCGCAUUCCCGUACAGUACUUCAGAGUUGACCCCGGCCAGGAGUGGUUGUGUGAUGUGGUGGUGCUUCAAAGCGAAUCCAUGUGGGUGGCUCAGCUGCGGGGCUCCAAGGACGUGGUGGCGCAGUCACUGGCGGUGCAGGCUGACAGUCAUGUCUCUCCCUCUCCCCCCUUAUUUAAGGGCCUUAUGCGUCUAGGUCUGCAGCUGGAAUCCAGCGGCGCCGCGGAUUCCUCUUCCGUCAUCGGUGUACUGCUGGAUUGUGUACGAUCAGGCGGGGUGUACUGCAGGGUACGGAUUGAGGCGGCGAGGGCGCUCGCAGCCUUUUCACCAUCCAUGAGCACCCAGCCAGGUGUGGGGCUGGUGGGAGCCGCCCCCAACCUGCUGUCCUUCUUCUACGAUCAGUGCCGCGACCCCGUCAGCGCCGUGUUGCGGCCCAACUACUGGGCUGAUCUGGGAACACACCUCGUGCUGCAGGCGAGAGGGGUGCAGGAAAAAGCCGUUCCCGCCUGCCUGGCUUCCAUUCGUGAUGUGUCCUUCAACAGUACCCCGGAGGCUAUGCAGCUCGUGACUGACAUACUGACGAACAAUGACAACUCAGCUGCUUACUACAAGCAAACACCUCCUACUUAUGCUUCUUUCUUUCCACUGUGUACGACGACAGAAAACUUGUACGACGAUUCGUCGUACCUGGCCGCCGUUAUCGAGGCCGCCGGGCUGCUCCGCCCCACUCACUCCUCCGUCCUGGCCCGCCUGCUGGGCCUACUGGACGACUACCUGCUCCAGGACUGCCUGCACCCCUCCCCCAAUUAUGUGGUGGGAUCAGCCUGUCUGGCGGCGAUGACGUCACUGGCGCUGUCCGUGAACCCUAGGCAGGGCCGCGGCGCCGGCGCGGAAGCCAAGGCGCUCGAGCUGUACGCCAGUGUACGGCGCCAGCUGCUUCGCUUCGCUCAAGUUUCCGACGGCAAGCCUGCGCGCACCCCGGUGCCUGCUGGCGGCGGCGGCUGCGUGGGCGGUGGCAGCUCCCCCUCCCCCGCAACAGCGCCGCCGCCGUUGUCAGUCCCGGAGCCCAUGUCUGACCCCACCUCCAAUCUCAUUCCCAACCGACCCAAUCAAAUCUCACCUCGUCACUGCCAUCGCCACCGCCGCCAGCACCCUCCACAGCCACAGCAGCCUCAACGCCACCACCAGCAGCAGCAACAGCAACAGCACCAAUCCCAGCAGCAGCAGGAGCAGCAGUCUCCACAUCACAUGUUGCGGCGAGCCGCGUACCAGUGUCUUCUUCGGUUGGAGGCGGGGGAGGCCAAGGUCAUGUCGUCGCGGCGCGGCGCGGCGGCGGGCGGGCCGGAGGGCAAGCCGGCCUCCCGCUUAGUGGCGCUGGCGCUGCGGCUUAUGGGUGGGGAGCCGCUGCCGGCAUUGCGACUGGCGGUGGCGCUGGAGAUGCUGACGCUGCUAGAGUAUCCGUCUAUCCAUCCUUGGACCUCAUCCGAGGACGCACUGGCCGCGGAGUUGGCCCUUCCAGAGCCGUCAAAUGUGACGGGUCGUCCGCUGCGUAGCCACGCCAACGGCAUGCCGCCUCAUGCCGCCGGCGGCCCUGCACGCUCCGUCGGCACUGCCGGUAUGUACGACGGUACAGCAGGCACCGCCGCGGCCGCUGCGGCGCAAGCAAUGCCGGCGCUGAAGCGUAUUAAGAUCUCGACCGUCCGACCGGGCGCCGUUACGUCGUCGGCUGGCGCCGCUGCCUCAGCCGCGGACGGCAGCGCGGCAGCUGCGGGGCCGGUGGCUGCAGGCCACGUCAGCCAGCCCGUGGUUUCGGAGGCUACGAUGGGGAAGUCUUCGGCUCAGUCGCCGGGGCAGCCGCCCUCACAAGUCCACGCUAUGGAAGCCGCCGCCGCCGCUGGUGCCGUACACAAUCCGACGCGGCCGGACGCUGCGGCGUCGCCGGGGGCCGCCGCCACGCCGUCGGAGGCGAGUCCCUCAGGCCGGGGCCCCACGACACCUCCUGAGCCCGGGGCCGUAGCAUCCGCAGGGGCGGCAGCCGCGGGAGGACCUGCGGCCGCUACUGCGCCCUCUGCCGCCGCCGCUGGCCAUGCUACUGCACCGGCGCCUACAUCCAGAGCGCCUUCCACAGGCGAGGCGCCCCCACGCAGACUGCCAACGUUUGGGGUCUCGCCGCUCCGGCCGCCGGCGUAUUCGCCAUCGCCGCCGCGGCCAGGCUCGACGUCGACGUCGCCACGCAGCGGCGGCGGCAGCGGUGCUGUCGCCGGCGGCGGUCCCCCACGCGAUCCCCGUCGGGGACCGCCGCUAAAGUCUGGGCCUGGCGCCGCCGCCGCCGCUGCUGCCGCUGCGGCUGCCGCCGCAGCCCGGGGACGCUCCAUCAGCCCGACGGAGUCCCGACCGGGAAUGGCUGGCACUAAGCCCAGGCCUAGGCCGGUGCCAGGGUCCGCGACGGGAGCUUUGUCCGCACACAGCCCAGGAAGCAGUACGAGCCCCAACAGGCCCCCCUCGGGGCCGUCCCCGCCAAGACCGCCAAGACCCGGGGGUCCCUCCGGGGUGAGGGACCGUGUCGCGCAGCCAGCGGCAAAAGCGCCGGGCGUGGCGUCGGCGUCGGCUGCGAGAACCGUGUCACCGGUUCGGACUGGCGCGUCGCCGCCGUCGCCGUCAGUUCGAAGGCCGCCGCAGCCGCAGCCGCAGCACCGGACGUCCUCCCAGGGCCCGAGCCCGCCGAGGUCGAGAGAGAUGGAUGGAGGUCUGUCGGCGGCGACGGCGCGGGCUGCUGCGACAGGGUCCCGUCCGCCGUCAGGCGAUCGAGCGGCGGCCGGCAGGUCUACGCCGACGACGUCGCCGCCCCGGGAGGCCGUCGCAGCAGCGGCAGCAGCAGCAGCGGCGGCGGCGGCGGCGCCGUCAGCACGCAAGUGGCCGGCUGGUCGUGCGCCGCGGCCGAAUGCGUCGAGCGGCGGCGGGGCAGGGCCUGGUGGUGCGGCGGAAGGAGCAGCGUCUGCACCCGCACCCGCUGGUGCAGGCCCGGGAUCAGCGGCGGCAGCGGCGGCGGCGGCGGCGUUCAAGCAAAAGAAAGCUAUGGCCUCUUCGCCGACACCGAGUCAAAUGCCAGGAGGGCCUGCGGCGGCGGCGGCUGCGGCGGGUACGGCCGCCAGGGCGGGUAGCGCUGGGUCGCGGCCGCCGCAGCCAGUGCCGAAGCGGCCGGCGACGUCGAGCAGCGGGGGUCCGCCUCCGCCUCCGCCAUCGGCGGAGGAGCGGCGACGAGCGACGGCUGACGGAGCGGCGCUGACAGACGUCGUGUCGACGCCCGCCGCUGCUGCUGGCGGGGGUGGCGCCAACGCCGCCGCCGGGGGCGGGGCACCGCCAGGUGCAGGGCUGCUUCCCCGCCGCCACUCCAUCGCGGGCUCAACCGCGUCGGCAGCAGGGGCAGCAGCGGCAGCAGGGGCGCCAUCAGCACCUGCGGCGCCGCAGGCACCCGUCGUCAUGCCGAAGAUUCGGAUCAAGCUUAAGGCCAUGAAGAACGAACCGGAUGCAGCGGCAGUGCCGGCGGCCAGUACGGCAAGUGCGGCGCCGCCGCGGCGACAGCCGUCAGCUGCGGCGCAGUUGGCAGCGGAGUCUGACGCCGAGCUGUCGGUGGUUCCCCCCCUGAAUUUCCCUGACUUUUACCGCAGCUUCAGCGUUGUCCUCACGCCAAAGCUGCUGCAGCUGCAAUUUGAGAGCCUUAUUCUCUUCAUUUAA